AUGGUUGGGGGCUCCUUCCUCUCAUUGGUGCUUGUGCUCUUUUUGGUCUUCCAGGUGGACACUUCUGCCAAGGGCCUUUUGAUCCUCGUGAACUACCAGUACGGCGACUGCCACAGUUCGCAGACACCUCCGACGCAAGAGGGCUGCUGCACGCAGAGCUUGGUACAUCACUCACGAGAUCUGGUUUUCCUUCGCAGGCUGGUCACAGCAAUGUCGGGCGAUACCAAGACUCCGUGGCGAUGCAGAUUCUGCAAACAGCUGCGCAAACAGAGCGCACAGUAUUGCCAGACCUGUCAUCAACCCUGGCAGAAUGUGAUCGACUCGUCCUAUGUGCAUGGGACAAAGCAAACCACACAGGGACAAGGUCAACCACAAUGCAGCCCCAUGGCAAUCUCAGCCAGAUUGGUCUCAAUGGCAACAGUCCCAGGGCAACCGAGGACGGACGCCAUCACCAAGGCAACGUUCCAAGAGUGCCAAAGGCAACAAGACCCCCAAGAACCAGGGGAAUCAGGGUCAACCAAUGCAGCAGCCGGUGUUGCCUAUGAUGCCGCCUGCACCAACCAUGAUGGGUCCAAAUAUGCAGAUGUACCCACAGAUGGCAUAUCCAUUUCCGCAGAUGAACAUGACAGGACAUCUACCACCAUUGCCACCUCCAGAUACUCCUUGGCAAAUGAGUAUGCCUGCAGGGGCCAAGAUGCCUGCACCAGUUUUGCCAACACCAGCACCGGCACCGACAACGAUGUAUGUGCCAACUAUGCCGAGUAUGCCUGCAGCACCAUGCACAUCAGUUCCCAAGGCACCUGCGCCGAGUUACCGGAAGACAUGCAGAAGAAGGUGCAAGCCAUGUUGCUCAAGUAUGGCAAGCAGUCGACAAAGGAUCUGCACGCAGCUGUCACAGCUUUGGACAAAUCCCGCGAGGAGUAUGAUCAAGCUGUUAUGGCCAGAAGCCAGCAUCACGCAUGCUGGAAGAAAUUUCUUGCAGAUGCAGUACAGAUGUGGCAGUCCUAUGCAGAUCAGUUUGUCGAGCAAGAGCGGAAACUUCAAGAGCAGGUGACAGGGGCAAGAGAGACCUUUCUCAUGGCCAAGUCCGAGCUCGAGAACGCCAAGCUAGAUGCUGGGGAGGUCUUGCACCCUUCGGACGACGAGCUUGUGGAGGGCGAGAACGAGACCACAGCAGGGACCUCGAUAGCCAGCAAGCUCACAGAGACUAUGCAAGGUCUGGCAACAUCUCUCCAGAACCUACACAAGGAAGCAGAGACUCUUGUGGAAGAGGAUGCGCAUGUGGCCAAAAGGCCUCGCACCGCACUUCGACCAGAAGAUCACGACAUGCCACAAGUGCCUGGCGAUGGUUCAUCGCAUUUUGGCAAGGCUGGUUGA